CCAAUGGGGCGAAUCCUGGAAUCCUUCUUGAUAGUAAUUGGUGUUCAUGUGAGUUAGGACUAAAUAAGGGACUUGGAAUUUGUUUCAAUAGAUUUUGCAAGUGGGAUUGAAAUUAAAAAAUAUAUAUUUUUCCAUUAUAAUAUACUACCUGUAUUUUAUUUCAGUAUCUAUAAAUAACAGAGGGACUUCAAAGAACAGUGAUAUUAAACAUCAUAUAUUUUUACAUGUAUGAAAGAGAAAAGAACCACCAAAAAAAAAAAGAAAGAAAAAUCAAAGCUCAGUGAGGAUCUGAGUAAUAGAAAAGCUGCCUUUGCAUUUUUAAAAGUUCCUUAUACAUUAUCUAAGAAAAUCCCUGCAACAUCAAGAAGCUCAAGGGUUCAAUGUUUCUGUUUCCAGUCAUUCUUCAGGACUGUCACACUAGGAGACCUUGGAAACACAAUCAGCCCACAAAGAAAAUCAAGCGUUGUCCUCCCCUGCCUGUGAGUGUUUUAAACCGUACCCCUGUGCACCUGGUCCAUGAAAUCAUAUUAGUGGAUGACUUCAGUGAUGAUCCUGAUGACUGCCAUUUACUGUGCAAGUUACCCAAGGUGAAAUGUUUACGCAACGGGCAGCGAGAAGGUUUGAUCCGGUCCCGAAUCCGAGGGGCAGAUAUGGCACAGGCGGGAGUCCUGACCUUCCUGGACAGUCACUGUGAGGUGAAUAAGGACUGGCUGCUGCCUCUCUUACAGAGGAUCAAGGAGGACCCAACUCGGGUGGUCAGUCCAGUUAUCGACAUCAUCAACUUAGACACUUUUGCCUAUGUGGCAGCCUCAUCAGACUUACGAGGAGGAUUUGACUGGAGCCUACAUUUCAAGUGGGAGCAGCUUACCCCAGAGCAGAAAGCCAAACGUGUUGAUCCCACCGAGCCGAUUAAGACUCCAAUCAUCGCAGGGGGACUCUUUGUGAUUGACAAAGCCUGGUUCAACCACUUGGGAAAGUACGACACAGCCAUGGACAUCUGGGGAGGGGAGAACUUCGAAAUCUCAUUCCGUGUGUGGAUGUGUGGUGGGAGCCUGGAAAUUAUUCCCUGCAGCCGAGUCGGCCAUGUCUUCCGGAAGAAACACCCUUACGUCUUCCCAGAAGGAAACGCCAAUACAUAUAUAAAAAACACCAAGCGCACAGCUGAAGUGUGGAUGGAUGAGUUCAAGCAGUAUUACUAUGCUGCCCGGCCUGCAGCACAAGGAAGGCCAUAUGGAGAUAUCCAGAGCAGGUUGGAACUGAGGAAGAGGUUGAAAUGCCGCACCUUCAAGUGGUACCUGGAAAGUGUUUAUCCGGAACUUAGGAUUCCUGAGGAAUCAUUAUAUCAAACUGGAAUGAUCAGGCAGCGACAAAGAUGCUUGGAGUCCCAGAAGCCUGAAGGCCAGGACUUCCCAGCCCUCAGUUUGAAUCCCUGCAUCACCAGCAAAGGUGGGGCAGCUGUGGCACAGGAAUGGAUAUACACAUACAACCAUCAGGUCCGUCAGCAGCAGCUGUGCUUAUCUGUGCACACCCUUUUCCCAGGCUCCCAGGUGGUACUAUCUCCUUGCAAGGAAGGUGAUGGCAAACAGCGUUGGAGUAAAGCGAGUUCUCACAUUGAGCAUGUGGCCACACGUUUCUGCUUGGAUACUGAAAUGGUGGGCGACACGAAUGAGGGCACCCAAGAGCUUGUCAUCAACCCCUGUGAGAGCAUGGCUAUGAGUCAACGCUGGGACAUGGUGAUGUCCUGACCUCAUGAAAGGAUCCAGUAGCAACACCAGCCAACAUGGCUUCAGUGGAAACAGCCAAAGCACACCAGAGAAGCUCUUGGGAGGUCAGCUGCAAAACCAUUGUGGCCCUUGUUCAUCGCAGAGUAGGAGGAGAAUAAGAAAAUAAGGACACAGGACUCCAGGUUGAAGGAUGAAGGCCAGCUGUGAGGCCUGCAGCAGUUAGUGGCCUGUUGAGGUCAUACAUUCACUGAGUAAGAACAGCAAAAGAAAUAAUCCCUAAAUGUCUUUCAGUAAUAUUGAAACCAGGGGAGAAACCUCCUGGGGAGGGGCCUGCUGAAAUCAAGAGUUUACAGUAUUUAUUGUUUUCACUGUAAAGAAGAAAAACUGGUGGAGAAGCCUUGGAGGCUGGACAUGGAGAGACAAGCAUCUAGUUGGUUGUGGAGGUGGCAGAGCAGGUGGGCAAGGAAAGGAGAUGUGAAGGCAAACGAAAAAGGUCACUCUGAGGAAAAACUGAAAACACCAAUAAAUCCUUGCACUUUUUAAAACUGAUGCUGUUGAGCUAGUCUUCUGAAGACGAAUGGCUAGAGAGAAGCUGUAUUGCACAUUAUACCUUGUAUAUGAUCCA